CCGAUUCCCUUUUUCCUUCCAUAAAACGGAAAAAGGAGAAAAAGAUUUUCCGUUGUCCCUGAUUUCUAGCUUCCCGUCUCCCCGUCGCCGUCUUGAAGGUGAUCCCCUUCGUCGCCUUCAACCGUCCGGCGACGCCAGUCAUCCAUUACCGGCGUUUUCGCUGCUUCCUUUUACAGUUUUCGCGCUGCUUCUUCUUUUCUGUCUUCGGUCUCUGAAGAGUUUAAGGUAAAUUACAUUGUUGCUGCUUCUCCACCUUGUAGUUCACAACUAAUUAUGAACUUAUGAUUAAGGAUCCCAGAAUUAGCGUUUAACGUUCCCGUUUUUCCAAAGAGGGGUUCUUACUUGUGAAGCAAGUGACUGUGGUAGGGCUCAAAUUUGAUCAUAGACAGUAAGUAGCAUGGUUUUGAAUCUCUACAGGGUUGCUAGCUAUUAAGUUUUACUCAAAAUUGCUUCGAUUUAAUCUCAGCAGCGUUGUGGUUUCAAUCUCCCCAUCAAUUUUGGUUUAUAGGUUUAAGUGAUUCUGCAGUUUUCGAAUGUUGAUGUCAUUCGUUACUUUAUGCUGGUUUCAGGUCUUUGAUUCCUUCCAGAGGUCGAGAGAAAUAAACGGUGGAGAGGUUGGGCAUGCAGAAUAAGAUGGAGGAACCAGCGGAGAAGAAGAAGAAGACGCAGUUCAGGCUGUACAAUGCAAUGAGUAAAACUGUGGAGGAUUUCAAGCCCAUUGUUCCAGGCAAAGUCGGCAUGUAUGUCUGUGGUGUUACUGCCUACGACCUCAGCCACAUCGGCCAUGCUCGUGCUGCUGUUGUCUUCGAUGUUCUAUUCAGGUAUCUGCAGCACUUGGGUUAUGAAGUUACCUACGUGAGGAACUUCACAGAUAUUGAUGACAAGAUAAUUAAACGUGCAAAUGAUCUUGGUGAAGACCCUUUGUCCUUAAGUAAUCGGUUCUGUGAAGAAUAUAUUGAUGACAUGAAUAACCUGGCGUGCCUGCCUCCAACCCAUCAGCCACGGGUAACUGAACACAUGGAAAACAUCAAGAACAUGAUCACUCAGAUUAUGGAAAAUGGCUCUGCAUAUGCUGUUGAAGGAGAUGUGAACUUUGCAGUUGAUAAGUCCCCAAACUACGGUCAGUUAUCUGGGAGGAAGUUGGAGGACAACAGAGCUGGUGAACGCAUUGCAGUUGACUUGAGAAAGCGCAAUCCUGCAGACUUUGCUCUUUGGAAAGCUGCAAAGGAAGGUGAGCCGAGCUGGGACAGCCCAUGGGGCCCUGGGAGACCAGGAUGGCAUAUCGAAUGCAGUGCCAUGAGUGCACAUUAUCUCUCUUUCAAGUUCGAUAUCCAUGGUGGUGGAAGUGAUCUGAUCUUCCCACAUCACGAGAAUGAACUGGCUCAAAGCAGCGCUGCUUCCAGUGACAGCAAAGUCAAUUUCUGGGUUCACAAUGGCCAUGUCACCAAUAACCAAUUGAAGAUGUCCAAAUCCUUGGGCAACUUUUUCACCAUCCGUCAGGUUAUUGAGAAGUACCAUCCAUUGCCUGUGAGAAUGUUCUUGCUAAGUAAUCAUUACCGUACGCCCCUAAACUAUACCGUUGCCCAGAUCGAGCAAGCUUCUGAGACUGCUUGGUUCAUUUAUCAGACAUUGCAAGACUGUGAGGUUGCUUUGUCACCGUUUCAAGAAAGGUUAGCCAAGGGUGGCAAGAAGCCUGUUCAGAUUGCUGGUGAGGCUCAAACAUGCAUCACUAAGCUGCAAGAAGAGUUCAAUGAUAAAUUGUCCGACGAUUUGAACACGUCACAGUUAGUUACUGGGAGGAAGUUCAAUGAAGCCUUGAAGUACAUGACUCUUAAUCUGAAACCCCUAAAGAAGCAAAAGCAGAUGUCACCAUUAGUUCCCUCCAUUGCUGCAGUUGGUAGAGAAGUUGAGUCGAUUCUGAGAAUUCUUGGCUUGCUGCCAACUUGCAGUUACGAUGAGGUCUUGCAGCAGCUUAGAGAUAGGGCAUUGGUUAGGGCAGGGCUAAAGGCAGAAGAUGUGGUACGGUUGAUUGAGGAAAGAACCACUGCGAGGAAAAAUGAGAAGUUUGGAAUAAGUGAUAAAAUCAGAGCUGAUUUGGCAGCAAAGGGAAUUGCACUGAUGGAUGAGGGGAGGGAAACCGUUUGGAAGCCAUGUGUUCCCGUUUUGCAAGGCAAAUGGGUUAGGUUCGUGGGUUGGAUUCGCGCAUCAGUGGAUUCAUUGAUUGGAUUUAAAUGGAUUUAUCGGUUUAUUGGUUGGUUUAGACGAGUUACUGGGUUGGUGUAUCAUUCGACAUCCAUGAAGAAGCAGCCAUGAGAGUUGCAGCCGCGGUAGCUUUGGAAGAGCAGGUCAGUAUAGUUAUUUUUUUGUUUAUCUUUUAACUUCUGAAAAUUGUUAGUUUGAAAGGGUUACUACCAUAGUGAAGAAAAUUGUUCUUCUAGUUGUUCUAGUACACAACGAAGUGAUUUUUCUUUUGAGAUUUCUACCACAGUAUUUGUGAAACCGCGAUCUUCUUUUCAUGAAAAAAAAAGUCGGAAAUAAAUUUCUUUGCAAGUGACGAGUUUUCAAAUACGUAGGGUAGGCUUGGCCACUUCCUUUUUAGUUUCCUUAUAAAUCAAAACAACAAGAAAAAGAUAGAAAGCAGAUCCAAAGUGUGAGGACACCGAAGGGAAGGGAGGAAAGAAGAGUGAAAGGGAUUAGUAGACAGGAAGAAAGCUACCCCUUCUUGUUAAGUAAAGCAGCCAAUCUAAUCUGAUAUAUCUGCAUAAGCCCUUCUACUAUGCUAUAUUGUAUAGCAUUGGUGCUUUAAUGUACAACUUAAAGUUGUACCAUAACAUUAAAUGUAUAAGUUUAGGUUGUACCAUAAAAAAAUUUGUAUCAUUAUGUUACGGUACAACUUUACAACUUGAAGUUGUACCAUUACAUAAAGGUACAAAUUCAAGUUGUACCAUAAAAGAAUUUGUACAAAAAGUAUAGGUACAAUAUGAAGUUGUACCAUAACGUAAAGGUACAAUUUCAAGUUGUACCAUAAAGACAAAAACCUAUAACACCAAUACUAUAUAGCAUUGUAAAAUUCCUCCUAUCUGCAUUCAUAUACAAGGACGCUGUUGGAAAGCAAACAAGUCUAAGCAACCAAUCAAAUUUGCCUUUCGUGGUUAAUAGACAAUAUAUGUGUAUUAUUUAGUUUCGGUAAAAGGCUCAUUUCUCCAUCAUGUUUAGUAUUAAAUUGUACGUCUUAGGUUACAUCUGUUUCAAAAAAAAAUUCUCCUUUGGUUUUUCGUGCAAAGAUGAACAAAGGAAUUUGUAAGAAUUAUCGUGUGAAGUUGCUCUCUUGUUCCGUGAUUUAUGGGAGAAUCAUUUCCAUCCACCAAUGUAUCUUUGUUGAUGGGAACAAACGAAUUUAUAACAAUCAUUGUGUGAAAAUGUUAUCUUGUUAUAGGGUUAAUUGCAAGGCUGGUCACUGAGAUUACUAAAGGUCACUAAAAAUAUUUAAUUCUGUUCUUAGUCACUAAAAUUAAUUAAAAUGUUCAAAUUUAGUCACUCUCCGUUAACUUCCGUUAACGGCGUCAGUUUUUUGAUAACGUGGCUAAUAGAAUAGCCUAAUCAGCCUAAAUCAACCUGUCAUGUCAACAGUACUUGCCAGUUGCCAGGUCAUUAAAACAACAACACAAUUAAAUUAAAUUAAAAGAAAACAAAAAAAAAUUAGUGUUUCUGGAUCUCUUCCUUCCGUCGUCGUCCUCAAUCGUCAUCUUCAUCCCCAUCGUUUCAUCAUUCCUUCGGCGUAGGCGAUCAAGGGAAGGCUUGGAUCCAGUUAAACCAAUCUUCAAGAGCGCAUAGAGGAUGCAAACCCUGCCAUCCCAGAAAACAACGACACAAUUGCUUCCGGGAACUGAUAAAAACGUACAUCGUCAAUCAGCAAACACUCCCUAAGAUUACCUUCCCACAUUAUCAUUCUCUUACUCUUUUUUCCUUGCAAUUUUAGGCCCCACCAUCCGAUAAAUAGCUUUGGUUUCGUGGUGAAUACCUCCCGCCUGCACUGGAGGGCGAGUUGAAAUUUGUUGCUCCAUGAGUAUUGGCUGACCAAAGAGGAAGAAUUGCUUCUCUCUCUUGAGAGGACGAAGAAGGAGACAAAGGCUUUUCAGGGCUUGAACAACCCCUUCAUCCUCUUCAUCGCAUACCUCCUCUGUUUCGAUUUUCUCUGACUGGUUUCCUCCAUCUGGAUUAAUGAUGAUGGGCGAGGGUUCCAAUGGACUCUAGGGGGAGGAGGCGAGUCGGCGGCCUCGUCGCCUUUAGGCAACGAAGAUGAAGUUUUAUGUGGGUUAUUGUUUUAGGGUUUUCGGUGAGGGAAAGGGUGAAACAGUGAGAUUUAUUUAGGAGAGGGUUUCAGAUUGAAAUUCUAGGAAGAUAGGAGGGAAGGGCAGAUCGGCGGAGGAUAGAAAUAGAAGAGAAACGGAGUUUUCGAUUGAGAGCGAUGGUAGGCUCGCGGUUGUGAUCAGGCAGUGGCCGUCCUUUUCUUCAGCGGGAGGUGGGUAAGGUGGGAUAGGGUUGGGUCAGGUCACGGUUUGUUUCAUUUUUCAUGAUGUGGCGGGUUAUGAUGACAUUGCGGGUCGGGUUAAAUUAGGCUGAUUAGGCUAUUCUGUUAGCCACGUCAGCAAAAAAACUAACGUCGUUAACGUAGACUAACGGAAGUUGACGGAGAGUGACUAAACUUGAACGUUUUAAUUAAUUUUAAUGACUACGAACGGAAUUAAAUAUUUUUAGUGACCAAACAUGAACGUUUUUAGUAAUCUCAGUGACCAACCUUGCAAUUAACCCUCUUGUUAUAUGAUCUAGUCUAUUGUAACUAAAGGAUCAGUCAUACUUUGAAGAAGGAGAAUCAUUCUAGUCCACCAAUUCUAGUAAAAAAAAAGUUUUUUU